AUGAGAAACGUCCUGAUUGAAAACCCCUCAGGUACCCCCGCGGCAGAGAUGGUUACGAAUAGUGGUUUAGCGGGACACAAGAUCCUGCUAAUCGUGCCCUGGGACCCUCCUGAGGGAUACGUCGAUGGCUUGCGCAAGACCUAUCCCGGCCUCAAGGUAUUUCAUAUUCGUUGGGAUACAUGGAGCAAACCAGACCUCCCACCCAAUAUUACGCCUGAGGAUUGGAAAACAGUUACUAUCCUUCUCAUUGGCCCUCAAUUCCCUACUAGAGAACAGGCUCCUACGCUACAGCUGGUACAGCUUCAGAGCGCGGGGGCGAAUUAUAUAUUGAACAAUCCUCUAUUCACCGACACUGAUGUUGCUUUUUGCACGGCGAAUGGCGUUCAUCCACCACAAAUCGCAGAAUGGGUCAUAAGCACGUACCUCGCUUUUCAGCAUAACAUCCCACGUUUCCUCGAGCAUCAGAAGGCGCACAGGUGGGAACAUAGUUAUGAUGACUCAGACACCCAAGAUGCUGUCAACCAACGAGUCGGUAUAUUGGGAUACGGAAGUAUCGGAAGACAGGUAGCACGGAUAGCUAAGGCUAUUGGCAUGGAAGUGUAUGCAUACACGAACAGACCCAGGCCCACGCCCGAGUCUCGUCGCGACCACUCAUACAUCGUGCCCGGCCUGGGCGACCCAGAGGGUUCUCUACCAUCAAAAUGGUUUUCAGGCACGAAACCAGAAGAAAUCAACGAGUUCCUCUCCGCAGACUUGGAUCUCCUAGUGCUAGCCGUGCCUCUAACCCCUCAAACACAGGGAUUAAUCUCAGCACCACAGCUCAAGAUCCUCCAGAAGAAGCACACCUUCGUCAGCAACAUCGGCCGAGGCCCCGUCGUCAACACGGACGACCUAGUCAUCGCGCUCAACGAAGAAUGGAUCCGCGGCGCCGCCCUCGACGUCACGGACCCGGAACCCCUGCCGAAGGGCCACCCGCUCUGGGACGCGAAAAACGUCAUCAUCACGCCCCACGUCAGCGGCAACUCGACGAGCUACAACCGUCGCCUGCUGGAUAUCCUAGAGAUUAAUCUGCGCAACUUGAGCGAGGGCAAGGAGUUUAUGAACCGGGUGAGCAAAAAGAGGGGCUAUUAG